AUGUCGAUUCCCAGGUCGAGGUCCCCAUCAGUCCCCUCUGAGGGUGAGAUCAUUGAAUCAGGCCCAGAGAUGAAGGCAACUGCGUCAAAUCCUCCUCUUAAUGGCACCACCGUUGACCGUCCCACCAGAGCUAGCCCAUCCUCUGCCACCAGAUCUCCCGCGUCGUUGAAAGGCACCCGAUCGCGGAGCAGGUCCCUAUCGAGAUCCCGCUCUCGCUCCCCGUACAGAGAGAACAAGCGCAGUCACGGCGAUCUGCCCGAGACCUAUGAUGGUAGCUACGACCGGCGACCACGCCAUGAGCCUUCCAGGCACUACAGGUCUAGGUACGACGACAGACGCCGUGAGAGACCCGCCUCCCACAGGCGGCCGAACUCAUACUACGACUAUGACCGCGAAGACACCCAUGGAGAUGCGCUACGAUACAGUGAUGAUUAUGACCGAUAUGACCGAUAUGACCGACACAAGGACAAACGGCAACGCACCCGCAGCCGCAGCCGAUCCCCUUACCGUGAACCAAGAAAACCCAAGCAGUAUUCGGGCGACGAACUUGAUUCAAAUGUGGUUAAUGCCGGGUCUUCAGCAGACACCGGCAGGCGCUUGCCUACCGAACAGUUGGUGAGGGAACGAGGAAAGGCUUCGGUCAUCGCUCAGGACUUGAAGCUUGGUGCUGAAAAACAAAAGAACCAGGUGCAGCCUUCUUCUAAUCUUCAGGCCCGUGUGACUGACGAAGAAACCACCCCUAACCCGGAGUUCGCGCAAGAGCCGGAGCCCGCUGAGCCCAUUAAUGAAGUCGAUGCACUUGAAGCUCGCCGGAAACGCCGUGAAGCUAUCCGGGCGAAACACCGAAGCCAAGCGACGCCAUUACAUCUCAAAGCACUGAACGUUCCUGGGGUUGAAACGGAUUCAUCCACUCCUGGCACUGAGCCAACUGACGCAAAGGAGGCAUCUGAUUCUCCAACAGCAUCCCCCUUUGAACAACCCGGGGAGGCAUUCUCUGGUAGUAUUGGGAAAGACAUGGACAUCCUCAACGCCAAUGCGCCUGUUGCCGGUACUGAUAAGGACGAUCCCUCUGCUGCUGAUUAUGAUCCAACUCUUGAUACAAAGAAAGAAAGACAGAAACAUGGCAAUGUACAAAGUGGAAAGGACGACAUUUCCUCUACAGCAUAUGAAGAAAUCAAGUCUUUCAAGCAGGACAUUCUCCUCCCAGAUGCCCCCGCGGCGCCCCCGCCGAAGACCAAGGUGUUCGAUAUGUUUGCAGAUGACGACGAUGACAUGUUCGCAGAGGAAGCCCCUGAACCCAAGCCGGCGCAUGCUUCGGCCACAGCUGUACCCCAGGGCAAGGAAUUGGAUAUCAGCAUGAUGGAUAACUGGGACGAUUCGGAAGGGUAUUACGCCGUUCGCCUCGGAGAGCUGAUCAACGGACGAUACCAUAUCCAUCAAAACCUUGGCAAGGGAAUGUUCUCAUCUGUCGUACGUGCGACUGACACCCAAACAGGGUGUCUGGUUGCCAUCAAGAUAAUUCGCCAGAACUCGAUAAUGCGCAAGGCCGGUAUGAAGGAGAUUGGCAUCCUGGAGCAACUACAGGAAGCUGACCCGCAAAACCAAAUGCACCUCAUUAAGUUCGACCGAUACUUCGAACACAAGGGUCACUUGUGCAUGGUAUUUGAGAACCUUAGCAUGGACCUGCGUGAGAUCCUGAAAAAGUUCGGUAGGGACGUUGGCUUGAACCUGCGCGCAGUUAGGGCCUACGGCCAACAGAUUUUCCUUGGGCUAGCUCACCUCCGCCGGUGUAACAUCCUGCAUGCAGAUCUCAAACCGGAUAAUCUUCUUGUGAACGAGCAACGCAACAUUCUGAAAGUCUGCGACCUGGGCUCGGCGUCCAUGGCUUCUGAUAAUGAGAUUACGCCUUACCUUGUCAGUCGUUUCUACCGUGCCCCGGAAAUCAUCCUAGGUAUCCCUUACGACUACGCCAUCGAUGUCUGGUCCAUUGGCUGUACCCUCUUUGAAUUGUACACGGGCAAAAUUCUCUUCACCGGCCGAAACAACAAUCAGAUGCUUCGCUCCAUCAUGGAGUGUCGGGGCAAGUACCCGCCGAAACUUCUUCGCCGCGGAUCCCUGUCGCCUUGUCACUUUGAUGAAAAGCUAAACUUCCACAGCGUGGAGGAAGACAAAAUCACCGGCCGCCUUCACACUAAAAUUGUGGACUUCAAGAAACCGACACGUGAUUUGAAGUCACGCCUCAUGGCACAAGGAACUCGCGGGAUGCCAGAUGCUGAGGUCAAGGAACUGACGAUGUUCUUGGACCUACUUGACCGGUGCUUGAGUCUUAACCCUGAGAAACGGAUCACACCGACCGAGGCUUUGAAACACCCAUUCCUAGCGCCUAGGGCGUAA